AUGUCUCUUCCACUACAACAAGACUUUCCUGUGUUGGAGGAAGAUGCACUCCAGAAUCCCCGCUGGCACCAGAUCUUGCUAUGGGUCGUGUGCUUUGGGAUUGUCAUCCUAGUGGCAGUUGUGAUCAUCCUGCUUUUGCAGUUGGAGGCUGAGAAAAAGAAAGCAGGGGCUGGCUGUUACCCAGUGAAAAGCAAUUGUUCAUCAGACAAUUUCCAGUCUCUUCUACGAAGCAGAAUCUGCAACCAAAGUGAAGCUAAUUCCCCUUGUCAGAUCUGUUCUCCACAUUGGCAUCUCCACCAGGACAGAUGUUAUUGGCUAUCAACGGAUAUAAAAUCCUGGAACGAGAGCCGAAGUGACUGCACAGAGAAGGGGGCUCAGCUGGUGGUGAUCCCAGACAAGGAGGAGAUGGAGAUCUUAAAGAAGAUUAUGGUGGUUACACAGACAUAUUGGAUUGGACUCUAUUUAUCAGAGAAGAAAUGGAGGUGGAUUACAGAUCACCAGCUUGACCAGAAUCUGUUUCAAGAACCACCAAGCUCUGCUGGAAACGAAUCCUGUGGAAGAAUAAAGGACAGCAAAAUCAUACCUGAUGUCUGCAAUGCUGUAUUUAGGUGGAUUUGCCAGAAAGAUCCCAUUGUGUUAUAA